UUGAUCAGUACAUCAAAUAAUUGAUUUAUAUACAAGCGGAGCUCGUGGAAUAGCCUUCUGAUCAGUAGCUAGAGGAGAUGAUGGCAAGACUUCUUCCUUGUGUUUGCUUUAUUCUACUCAUCUUGCUUUUAUGCAUGGAAGCUCAAGCAGGCCGUCUAGGCCCUACUCCUGAUGAAGAAGUGAAAGCCCUUCGUGAAAUAGCCAAAGAAAUGGGGAAGAAAGACUGGAAUUUCAGUGUGGAUCCAUGCCGUGAGGACCCAAGCUGGAGAACACCAAAAUUGCCUUCGUGGCCAACGUACCAGAAUUCUGUGUUCUGCAGUUGCUCUGCUGGUGUAUGUCACGUGGUUGAACUAUGUCUUGAAGGGCUAGAUCUUGAUGGUGUGCCUCCACCGUCCAUAGUGAACCUCCCCUACCUAAAGAAGAUUGAUCUCUCUCGAAACUACCUUAAUGGUACAAUUCCACGCGAAUGGGCUUCUAUGAAGUUGGAAUAUCUGUCCUUUAAAGUAAACAAGUUAUCAGGACCUAUCCCAAGCUUCCUGGGAAAAAUUACUACCCUUAAACAUUUGUACAUAGAGAACAAUCUGUUUUCUGGAAUUAUUCCCCCCGAACUUGGAGAGUUGGUUAACUUGGAGAGCCUUAUUCUUAGUGCCAACAAUCUCACUGGAGAGUUGCCAAUAGCUCUCACUAAUCUAACCAAAUUAACUGAACUAAGGAUUAGCAGUAACAACUUCACUGGAAGAAUACCUGACUUUUUUCAAAGUUGGAAACAACUUGAGAAAUUAGAAAUUCAAGCUAGUGGUCUCGAGGGGCCCAUUCCUCCUAGCAUUUCUGUCUUGAGUAACUUAACUGAGCUAAGGAUUAGUGACUUAUUUGGUGAGGGUUCUAAAUUUCCACUGUUAAGUAACAUGACAGGCAUGGAAAGAUUGAUGUUAAGGAGCUGUAAUCUCUUUGGAACAAUCCCUGCAAAUAUAUCAAAAAUGGAAUCACUAAAAGCUUUAGACCUCAGCUUCAACAGAUUAGAAGGAGAGAUUCCGAAUAUUGAAGGCCUAACACACUUGAAAAACAUGUUUCUGACUAGCAACUUGCUCACGGGGCCUAUUCCAGAAUGGAUAAAAAACAGAAACAGUGACUACCAAAUAGAUCUUUCUUAUAAUAAUUUUUCAAAAAGCUAUGUGACACCUACUUGUGAAGGAACCUUAAAUUUGUUUGAGAGCUUCGCUGGAUGGGAAAACUUAACACUAGGAAGAGAGUGCCUGCAGAACUAUCCAUGCUCAAAAGAUCAGUAUUCCUUGCAUAUAAAUUGUGGUGGAAGCUCAACUACUAUUGAGAACAUACAGUAUGAAGGGGAUCCAGACCUAGCAGGUCCAGCAAAAUUUCUUCCCACUACUGCUAGUUGGGGAUUCAGUAGUAGCGGAAAAUUUUGGGAUACCAACAGAACCUCAGAUCAAUACAAAGCAAAUAAUGUGUCAGUACUAAGAGUGAAUAACUCUGAACUAUUCACGAGUGCACGGCUUUCUCCUCUUUCUCUGACAUAUUAUGCUCGUUGCUUGGCAAAUGGAAAUUAUACUGUGAAACUAUACUUUGCAGAGAUAGUAUUCCGAGACAACAGAUCUUUUUACAGUCUUGGAAGACGGAUAUUUGAUGUUUAUAUCCAGGAAAAACUGGAGUUGAAGGAUUUUGAUAUUGAAAAUGCUGCAAAUGGGGUUGAUAAAGCAGUUGUUAAGGAAUUUAAAGCAGUUGUGAGGAAUAAAGUUUUACACAUCCGCUUUCAUUGGGCUGGGAAAGGCACAACAGCUGCCCCAGAGAGAGGAACAUAUGGUCCUCUCAUCUCGGCCAUCUCCAUUGAAUCUGAUUUCAGUCCCCCUGGUGAUGACAGGAAGAUAUUCAUUGUUGUUGGAGCUGUAGUAUCAGUGCUAUUGCUCGUUUUUAUGAUUUUAGGCAUUCUUUGGUGGAAAAGCCACGUAGGAGGCAGGAUAUCAAGGGAAAAAGAUCUAAGAGGAUUAGAUCUGCAAAUUGGUUUUUUCACCUACAGACAAAUCAAAGCAGCCACUAACAAUUUUGAUGCUGCAAACAAGAUUGGGGAAGGUGGUUUUGGAUCUGUAUACAAGGGUAUACUAUUAGAUGGUACUAUAAUUGCAGUUAAGAGACUUUCUUCAAAAUCGAAUCAAGGAAAUCGAGAAUUUGUGAACGAGAUAGGCAUGAUAUCUUCUGUACAACACCCAAAUCUUGUUAGAUUAUAUGGUUGUUGUGUUGAAGGAAAUCAACUAUUCUUGGUAUAUGAAUACAUGGAAAACAAUAGCCUGGCACGUGCUUUGUUUGGUCGGGAGGAGUACCGAUUAGAAAUGGACUUGGCUACAAGGCAGAAAAUAUGUAUUGGCAUAGCAAGAGGUCUGGCUUUCCUGCAUGAGGAAUCAACACUGAGAAUUGUUCAUAGAGACAUCAAAAGUACCAAUGUCCUACUGGAUAGGGACCUUAAUCCAAAGAUUUCUGACUUUGGUUUGGCCAAGCUUGACGAAGAGGGAAAGACCCACAUCAGCACUCGAGUUGCUGGAACAAUAGGAUACAUGGCACCAGAAUAUGCAUUAUGGGGUUAUUUAACCUAUAAAGCAGAUGUCUACAGUUUUGGAGUUGUUGCAUUGGAAAUUGUUGCUGGGAAGAGCAACAUGAAUUAUCGACCAAAUGAUAAUUAUGUAUGCCUGCUAGAUUGGGCUCUUGUUCUACAACAAAAGGGUAAUCUAAUGGAGUUGGUGGAUCCAAAGUUGGGUUCCCAGUUCAAUGAUGAGGCAAUUAGAAUGAUCAAAGUAGCCCUAUUAUGUACUAAUUCAUCGCCAGCACUUAGACCCACCAUGUCUGCAGUAGUAAGCAUGCUUGAAGGCCAAAUUGCUGUUCAUGAACUUUUAAUGGAUCCAAGUAUGUAUGGUGAGGAAUUGAGGUUUAAAGCCUUAAGACACCCACUUAAUGAGGUCAAUGAAGCUGAGAGCCUUCUUUUGUCAUCAGUUCCGACAUAG